ACAAUGGCCUACAUAGAUAAUUCUAGUUCCCGGACACCUUUGAUCCCCAAUUUUCUUUAUAACACCGCGUCAUUAUCUUCAUCCACAAUCAUUAGUAAUAAUACAUUAUCUCAACCAUGUGAUGAAUCAAUUGUCAAGAAGCCUUUUUUGGUUGCGGCACCAAAAGAGUCUUCACGUAAAAUAGAAAUGUUCUCACCUGCUUAUUACGGUGCUUGUACUUUUGGUGGUGUUAUGAGUUGUGGUCUAACUCACAUGGCCGUUACACCACUCGAUCUUGUCAAGUGUAACAUGCAGAUCGAUCCUGCAAAAUACAAGAGCAUUUCCUCUGGUUUUGGUGUUCUGCUUAAGGAGCAGGGUGCUAGAGGAUUCUUCAGGGGAUGGGUGCCUACGUUGCUCGGUUACAGCGCUCAGGGAGCUUGCAAAUAUGGAUUCUAUGAAUAUUUCAAGAAGUAUUACACAGACCUUGCUGGUCCUGAGAAUGCUGCCAAGUACAAAACUUUGAUUUUCCUUGCUGGUUCUGCUUCUGCUGAAGUUAUUGCUGAUGUUGCUCUCUGUCCAUUCGAGGCUGUCAAGGUUCGCGUUCAGACUCAGCCUGGUUUUGCCAGAGGCUUGUCUGACGGACUUCCCAAAUUCGUUAGGGCUGAGGGAGCCGCUGGGCUGUAUAAGGGGAUUGUUCCUCUCUGGGGACGACAGAUUCCAUACACCAUGAUGAAGUUUGCAUCAUUUGAAACAAUUGUGGAACAACUCUACAAAAAUGUCAUCCCAACACCAAAAGACCAAUGCAGUAAAUCAACGCAGCUUGGUGUGAGCUUUGCUGGUGGAUAUUUAGCUGGUAUUCUUUGUGCUAUUGUGUCACACCCUGCUGAUAACCUGGUUUCUUUCCUAAACAACGCAAAGGGGGCAACUGUUGGCGAUGCUGUGAACAAGCUAGGUGUGAUGGGUCUUUGUACGCGCGGUCUUCCUAUUCGUAUAGUCAUGAUUGGUACACUCACUGGAGCACAAUGGGGUAUCUAUGACUCUUUCAAAGUUUUCGUUGGACUGCCAACGACUGGUGGUGCAGCUCCACCUGCCCCUGUCAAGUGAAGAUGAAUGUAAUAAUUCCAUCAAAAAAGUUUGAACAUUGAUAGCUAGGAAAUUUUUGCAUUUAUUCAACUUUUGUAGUAAGAUCUGAAUUUAUUUUUGAGAGGAUGAACUAUAUUAUCCUCCAGAUGGCUUUGUAAUGAUGGU